AGUAAGCUUUGUCCAAAAGGUUAAAAUAAAAAGGGCUAAAUCGAGCCUCAGAGAUGAGAUUCCUGUAAAAUAUGGUUUGACAUUUCAAGACUGGCAAUAAUUGAUGAAACUCUAUUGGGCAAGGUAUAGAAAAAUGGUUUGAUGCAGAAAGAUUGAGCUCUGCAGGGAAAAAAGAAAAUAAAGAAGAAGGAAAGAUGGCUUCAAUAUACUGUUACAAGAAUAUCCUUCCGUUUGCAGCAAUGGUUGCAGCAGAAUGUGCUGCUGUAGGGGUAAACACCAUAUUCAAAGCAGCCUCUCUGAAAGGAAUGAACUACUAUGUCUUUAUCUUUUACACAACCUUGAUCAACACUCUUGUUCUCCUCCCCAUUCUCUUCUUCUUUUGCCGUACAACAAUAAAUCCUAGGCUCUCCUUAUUCCGAUUCCCUGUUUCCUCGAAAAUCUGCAUCGUUGGGAUUAUUGGGGUGAUAACUCAAAUUGCUUCAUAUAAAGGUAUAGAAUACAGUUCACCAACUCUAUCUUCUGCACUGAGCAACCUCACACUACCUUUUACCUUCAUAUUGGCGAUCGUAUUGAGGAUGGAAAAGUUAGAUUUCAAGAGCUCAAGAACUCAGGCAAAGAUCAUUGGCACCGUAGUAUCAAUAUCAGGUGCAUUAAUGGUUGUUUUGUACAAAGGCCCAGUAAUUGGAUUAACUUCACUUAUCCGGUCAACAAAAUCAGAUUGGGUUAUUGGUGGUCUUUUGCUUUCUAUUCAGUAUAGUCUAUAUUCAGUCUGGUACAUCAUUCAGACCCAGAUCAUACAGAUAUAUCCAGCAGAAAUACAAGUGACAUUCCUUGUAAACUUGUACUCAACCAUCAUAGCUGCACCAGUUUGCUUCCUAGCAGAACCGAACUUGAGUGCUUGGAGGCUAAGACCUGAUAUAGAAUUAGCUGCCCUUGCAUACUCUGGACUAUUUGGUGCUUCCUUUAUCACUAUUGUUCACCUAUGGGGUCUGCGCCAGAAGGGACCCGUCUAUGUAACAUCAUUCAAGCCAUUGUCUAUUGCCAUAGCUGCUGCUAUGGGUGCUCUAUUUCUUGGAGAUGCACUUCAUCUUGGGAGUGUCAUUGGAGCUAUAUUUAUAUCAGUAGGGUUUUAUGCACUAAUUUGGGGAAAGUUGCAAGAAGAAAAGAUUGAGGAAUGUGACUCUGAUACCUCGAACUCACCUAUCAAUAGCAGGUCUCCUUUAUUACAAAGCAAAAAAGUUGAAGAUGCAUAAACCAAAAACAAUUUGCAGAUCAUUAUCUGCUAUUGACAUGUAACUGAGAAAUCAUUUCCUGAGAAUCUAAAUCCUAGAUAUUAGAGCACCAAUAUGACCUCAUAUUAAGGCGAAGGAUCCAAAUUAUCAACAGGAUGAUGCUCUGGAAAUAUACUAAUAAUUUCAUUUUAUGGUAUUGACAGACUAAUUGCUUUUGGAUUUCUUACUGUGUAUUUAGGAGACAAGCCAAAGUAAAAGCUUAAUCUUGGUAGCCUGUAAUUUCAAGAAUGUAGGAGAAUUUCCUUUUCUUGUUUA